AUGGCAACGCAACUUGUGGCUCUUCCGGAGGUGGAGCGUCUCAGUGCUUCGGUGAUUCGAAUUCUCGGCGCUAAUCCGGGCAAGCGUAUCCUCAUCGACAGCGGCCAAGGCGAAGAGGCAUGGGCUAAGAAUCUCCAGACGGUGCUGACUGAUGAGAAAGCCACGGUGCACCAGGCCCUGCUGACUCACUGGCAUGGCGAUCAUGUCGGCGGGGUGGCUGAUCUCAAGCGGCUCUGUCCGCAGGUGCAGGUCUUCAAGUGUGCCCUGGAGCUGGAUGGGGAGUCGGAGGAGUAUGCGCGGAUCGAGGAUGGACAGGUCUUUCGGGUGGAGGGAGCCACGUUAAAAGCCUUGUUUACGCCGGGUCAUACAGAGGACCACAUGGCUUUUGUGUUGGAGGAGGAAGACGCGAUCUUUACAGGUGACAAUGUCCUCGGCCACGGAACCGCCGUCUUUGAGAAUCUCAAGGUCUACCUGGCCAGUCUCCAUCGGAUGCGCGAACGCGUCGGGGGUCGUGGAUACCCCGGUCACGGAGCCGUCCUCGAAAGUGCCGCGGUGCGCAUCCAGGAGUACAUCAAACAUCGACAGCAGCGUGAGGAAGAAGUGAUUCGUGUACUGCGCUACGGUCAACUGGAAGCUCCCGUGGGGGUGGUGGAUUCCGAGAUUGAGGCCCGUCCAGCGUUGACGCCGCUGCAGGUGGUGAAACAGAUUUAUGUGGGAGUUCCGGAGAGUUUACAUCUACCGGCGUCGCAUGGAGUCUCGUUGGUGUUGGAGAAGUUAAGGGAGGAAGGGAAGACGGUGCAGGAGGCCUCGGGGGCGUGGAGACUCGUUGGAGGGAAGAGCACGCUGUGA